AUGUCUAAGCCCAAAGCCUUCCUCAAAAAGUCCAAAUCAAAAAAGAAUGCCGAGCAGGCUCUAGAGACUGCGGAUGAUUUCCUGGCCGCUGGGGUCGAUUUUGAAGAAGCAGCUGGCAAAUGGAGAGCGGGAGAUGCUGUCAAGUCGAUGCGCUUCUUCUAUAAGGCUAUCGAUGUCUAUGAUCGAGGCUUGCAAAAAUUCCCCAACAGUCUCGACCUUGCAUACAACAAGGCCCGAGUGUUAUUAGAAAUUACAACUCACCCUGUUCUAGUACGGCAAUUGCAGGCUCCUAUCUUGGAGGUUCUACAACAGGCAUUAGAGGCCCACCGAUACGCACUGAACCUCGAUCAGGACAAUGCUGAUUCACUUUUCAAUACUGCUCAAGUCUUGACCGCCAUCGCUGAAGAAUCAGCGAAGGACUCCAACCGUCCAGACCAGGAAGCCCUGCAGGCUCUCGAAGAGGCUCUCGAACUCCAAAAUCGUUGCCUGGGUGUGCAAGAAUUCAAACUGGAGGAGUCUGUCCAACAGCAGAAUGAAGCCGCCUCUCAAAUGGCCUCGGAAGAGGCUAAUCCAACUGAUUCCGAGGCUAUGGACGAGGGCGCCGAUGAGGGUGUGGUCACCCCGGCCAACAACUCCGCAGACCAGUGGUUUUCAGUCGUGGAGCCAGUCACCAAAGACACCCUCCUUGAUACCAUUCUCGCCGAGCUAGGCACUCUUACCACUCUUUGCAGCAUUUUGUCAUCUUCUACCACUUCGGCGCCCCCCAUUAGCCUUGCCUGGAUUGAGGAAUUCUCAUCCAAUCUGCUCCAAACCAAGUUGCCAGUCCUUCUCCAGGACGCGGAGGCGGAAAGACAUCAGGAGGUCGCAUUGGCCAAGGCCAAUUUUCUAUCGACCCUGCUUGAAGCCGGUUACAGGACUGGGUCCAUUGAUGCAAGCACUUACAAACGAGAACGUGAUGAGGCCUUCCGGAGCCCAGGCCUAGAUUUGGAACGAGAUUUUGCUGCUCUGAUGGCUAAUGCAAACAGUCUCAUCUCAUUCAUUGCGGCUCUGGCCGAUGACCAUGCAGCAAACCCUGCAUGGCAAGCAUCUCAAAGGUGGAAUUCACUAUCUGCAGCCAUUGCCAACAUGACCACUGCAUCCAAAAUUUCUGGUCCAGUGCCUGAAGACAUCGCAGAGACACACUUGGUUCGUGGGAAUUGCUCGCUACUGCAAUUCCAGUUAGGGCUCCCGCCGUCAAUGUACCAGCCAGCUACUACCAAUGCAGUUCAACUUCUCAAGAAUGCCGAUACCUUCUACAGGAAUGCGGCCAAAUUGUACCAGGAUGAAGAUAUGAAGGCAAUCUGUCAAUUUCGAGCCCUCGUCUCACAAGCUUUACUGAAUGGUAGUGACCUGAUGUCGGCUCUAGCCUCCUCUAACGCCCAGAAGAGUAAAGAGUGGCUGGAAGGUCAAAUUCAAGAUAUGAUUGAUGAAGGACUAAUAGCAGCGUCCUCGCAGUCUGGAUAA